GGCCGUGGAGCUAGAAUCUAGUUACAACUUCAAUAUCAACUAGAAAUAAUAAUUCCCCAAUUUGGAAUUAAAGUAAAAGUGAAAAAGAAAGAAACCGAAACCAAAACCAAAACAGAAAGUUUAUAUUAUGGGUCUACUAAGCGAGGGCAGUCCACUCUCCUGGGAGGAGACCAAGGCGCUGGCCGAUCAUGUGCGCGAGCAUGGCGUGAAUCAGUUCAUAAAUCUCUACCAUAGACUGAAGGAUCGCCAGGGAGACAUCCUCAAGUGGGGCGACGAGGUGGAGUACAUCAUUGUCAAGUUCGAUGAGGAGAAAAAAGUGGCCCGCGUGGCGUUGAUCGCCCAAGAUCUGCUGGCUCAGCUGAACGAAAAGGAGAUGGCCGAUCCGAAGGGCGUAAAGUCGCUGUGGCGUCCCGAAUACGGUGCCUAUAUGAUUGAGGGUACGCCCGGCAAGCCCUUUGGCGGACUGAUGGCCCACUUCAAUCUGGUGGAGGCCAAUAUGCGCUAUCGUCGCGAGGAGGUCACCGAGCUGCUGGCCAAGGACGAGUGCGUCAUGUCGAUCACAAACUUUCCGCGCCUCGGAUCUCCAAACUUUACAUACCCCUUGGCCCAGCCCCGUCCAGAGGAUCCCCUCAGUUCAGCUCGGUCCCUUUACUUUCCCGACGAGGCCAUAUUCCCGGGACAUCCACGCUUCAAGACGCUCACCCGCAACAUCCGCAUGCGGCGCGGCGAGAAGGUCUCCAUCAAGCUGAAGGUGUUCAAAGACGCCAAGACAAAGCUGCCCGUGGAGGGGGCACCGCCAGGCGAACCGGAUGUUGUGCUGCUGGACGCCAUGGGCUUUGGCAUGGGCUGCUGCUGCCUGCAGCUCACCUUUCAGGCCUGCAACAUCACAGAGGCGCGGCGCCUGUACGAUCAGCUGGCCCCCCUGUGCCCCAUCAUGCUGGCCCUGACGGCGGCCAGCCCCAUCUAUCGCGGCUACCUCACAGAGUCGGACUGCCGCUGGAACGUGAUCAGCUCUUCAGUGGACUGCCGCACCGAGGAGGAGCGCGGCCUGGCGCCGCUCGAGAACCAAAAGUUCCGCAUUGCCAAGUCGCGGUACGACUCCAUCGACUCGUACCUGUCCCCAGAGGGGGCCAAGUACAACGACGUGCCCAUAACCUAUGACAAGCAGGUGUACAACCGUCUGGUCGAGGGCGGCAUUGACCAUCUGCUGGCGCAGCAUGUGGCCCAUCUCUUCAUUCGUGAUACGGUGUCGCUGUUCAGCGAGAAGGUCCACCAGAACGACAACGAGGACACCGAUCAUUUUGAGAACAUUCAGUCGACCAACUGGCAGACCAUGCGCUUCAAGCCGCCGCCACCUAACAGUUCGAUUGGAUGGCGCGUGGAGUUCCGGCCGUGUGAGGCGCAGAUCAGUGACUUUGAGAAUGCUGCCAUCGUCUGUUUCGUUGUCCUGCUCACCCGUGUCAUUCUCUCGUACCAGCUGAACUUUUUGACGCCCAUCAGCAAGGUGGACGAGAACAUGCAGACGGCACAGAAGCGCGACGCCUGCCGUGCGGAGAAAUUCUGGUUCCGCAAAUCAUCAAAGACCACCGAACAGAGGGCGGCCCUGGCCCAGGCCAAGGGUAGGGUCCACAUCAAUGGCUGGCAGACAGACGAAGCGGCAGAGAAUGGCAACGGCAUGUCCACCAAUGGCAAUGGGAAUGGCAACGAGGAUGAAAGAGAGGAGGAGCCCUUCAACAAUGGCACUUCGGCGAAAAUGAAUGGACAUGGAAACGGACAUGGUCAUGGCCAUGGCCCAAAGGCCACGACCAAUGGCACCUCAAAUGGCACCUCAAAUGGCACCACAAAUGGCACCUCAAAUGGCGGCUCCACCACCACCACCAAUGGUGUGGACAGCGAUCACACCGACACAGAUGAUGAGGAGAACGAGCUGUUCCAGCUGCUGACAAUCAAUGAGAUCUUCAACGGAAAGUCGAAUGUUUUUCCUGGUUUGGUGCCACUGAUCCGCAGCUAUUUGCAGUCCAUGGAGGUGGACACAGACACCCAUUGCACCAUCGAACAGUAUCUGCGCUUCAUUGAGAAGCGUGCCGCCGGUGAGCUGAUCACAACGGCCACAUGGAUGCGCCAGCAAGUGCUCAACCAUCCGGACUACAAGCAAGAUUCCGUGGUUACUGAGGGCAUCAACUAUGACAUGCUGAAGCUCAUCCAGGGCAUACAGGAGGGCAAGCAUGUGGAGCCGGCAUUGCUCGGCCAAGGCUAUCAUUCCAAGACCAAGACGAAAGAUUUCAUUCCGCCUGCCCUGCAGAAGCAGCUGGCCAAGAAUGGCUGCUGCGAGGACAAUGACAAAUGAUCGAAGGAGCAGCAACAGAAGCAUCAGCAUAAGCAUAAGCAGCAACAGAAGCAGCAGCGCGCCGAGAACGCUUCAAUGACGCGUAGGCCGGCCAGGCGCAUGUGAUUCGAUGCCGUCUUGUGGGUCUGUCUCUGUCGUGUUGGUUCUCUGGAUCGGAUUGUUUGGUGGCACAUUUAAACAAACACACACCACACACAACACUUAUCAAUAUUAUUUCUGUAGCAUAAUUUAUCAAUUAACAAUUAGUGUGCACCAAAUCCUAAUUGUGGACAAAUGUUUUGUGGCCAUCGCCUGAUGUGGCAAGGUAGGGCAGGGCAGGGCAUUGGAUGUGUGACAGAGCGCAAAAGCAAAAGCAGAAGCAAGGUGAAUGCCAAUGAGAAAGUCUAGUGACUAGAGUGGCCCAAAAUCCUGGACAAACAACAAAAUUAUAGCAACAAUGUUCUCCCUUUUAUUAUGGUUUUUCUUUCUUUGUGGCCAUCCGAUACCUUCCUCCCUACCUCCCUCCUUCAUAAACAUUAAACGAUUGCAAUAUUAGUGGACAAAAAAGUGAAACAAGAACACAACUAAAUGGAAAAUCAAAAAUCUCAACCGAAGUGCCGUUCCAAAAAAAAUUCCU